AUGGCGAUGAUGAUGACUGGCCGUGUGCUGCUGGUGUGUGCCCUCUGCGUGCUGUGGUGCGGUGCCGGCGGUGUUUAUGCGAGGGACAUUCUCAAAAACGCACAGGGUGGCUGCAUGGCGUCGGGAGUGUUGGGUGAGAAUGGAUCCCACAUGCCUGACGGAUGUAAUAAAACUGCGAUUACGGUGCCUUUGCGGUCAGUACUGCCCAUUACUGCCGUCGAAGCUUCAGAUGGAGAAGGUGCUUCUCAGCACGCAAAUAAUUCAGGUUCAAAUGCAAAUAAUUCAGGUUCUGGUGGUGGAGGCGGUUCUGCUGCUGGUCCAGGGGCUUCUGUUGGUGCAGGAGUUUCUGGAGAAGGAGAUUCUGGUGGUGGAAGCGGUGGUGGAGGCGGUUCUGGUGGUGCUGGAGGCGAUUCUGGUUCUGCUGAUGGUGCAGGAGGUCCUUUUGCUUCUCCUCCUGGUCCUCCUCCUGCUCCUCUUGGUGGUCCUUCUGCCGCUUCUGCUCCUGGUGUUGAUUCUUCAGCUGGCAGCAGUGAUGGUACAGCGGAGUCCUCAGGCAGUCAUCCAACUAACACAACAGGGGACUCUUCAACAGGAGAUCAGUCGUCUGCUGCAGCAGCGGCUAACGACUCCUCGCCACCCGAAGGACCGGCAGGAACGACAUCCGGCGCUGGACACACACGACAAGAAGAAGAAGAGGAAGAGGAAGAAGAUCAUGAAAAGCAGCAGCAAAGUGAUGAAGCACAAGUCCAACAACAUCAACGGCAUGAACGCCCCGCGGAAAAUGGCGAAGAAUCCGCGAAGGAUAAAAACGCCCUUCGUACAAAUGCCACCGCAAAUAAAGACGACAGUGACAGCAGCACCGCGGCCUCCCACGCCACCUCCCCUCUUUUGCCUCUUCUUGUUGUUGCGUGUGCGGCUGCUGCUGCGGUGGUGGCCGCGUGA